AUGGUGGCGUUCCUGUGCCUACCGGCGGCUUCAUAUGUAACUGGACAGGUUAUUUGUGUUGAUGGAGGGAUGACAUCAUGUGUGAAACGCACCUAUUGCAAUGAUAGCAGACAUGCAAUCGUGGAGGAAUUAGCAGGACUUGGAGCAAGCGUACAUACAUGCUCUCGAACUGAAUCCCAGCUCAACACUUGCUUGCUCCAAUGGAAAGCCGAGGGUUUCCAAGUCAGAGGUUCGGUGUGUGAUGUUUCAAAUCAAGAUCAAAGGGAAAAGCUGAUAAACAGUGUUUCAUCUGAGUUCGAUGGGAAGCUCAACAUCUUGGUAAAUACUGUGGGAAAUAACAUCGUGAAAAUGGUGACGGAUUACACAGCGGAAGAUGUUUCAUCUCUGGCGAGUACCAACUUUUAA